CGUGAUGAUGCCAAGGGCGCGGCGUCCUGCGGGUCACUGCGCCAUUUUCUGUAGGUGAAGUUUGAAGGGUCCCGGGCCUGGGACGGCCUGCGUCAAAGAAGCCCUGGAAGCGAUGUGCUCCAGAACCGGGGCCUGGAGUCGCCCCUGGGGCUGGUGUGCGCGAUCGGGCAUGGGAGGUGGUGCAUGCUAACCAGGAGGGCGUGGCCUCACCCUCUCGGUGACAUCUCCUGGGUGCGGGGGCACGGCUGAGACCUGACGCAAGAUCGAGACAGGGUUUCCCGCCCAUCCGUGGAGAACUAGGUACCAUCUCAUGGAGUCCUCCAAGGUUACUGCCCCUGACGGGAGCUUCGUCCCCUCGCUCCUGCUCCUGGUCAGCGGGACUCUGGUGGCUGCCCUGCUGGGCGCCUUGCAUCGCCUAGGACUCUUCUAUCAGCUGAGACACAAGGUGGACAAAGCCAGUGUCCGGCAUGGCGGGGAGAACGUGGCAGCUGUGUUGCGUGCCCAUGGCGUACGCUUCCUCUUCACCCUGGUCGGCGGACACAUCUCCCCGCUGCUGGUGGCCUGUGAAAAGCUGGGCAUCCGUGUGGUGGACACGCGCCAUGAGGUCACCGCUGUCUUUGCGGCUGAUGCUGUGGCCCGCCUGACCGGCACAGUGGGCGUAGCAGCGGUGACGGCGGGCCCUGGCCUCACCAACACGGUGACAGCAAUGAAGAAUGCCCAGAUGGCCCAGUCCCCAGUUCUGCUCCUGGGGGGCGCUGCCAGCACCCUGUUGCAGAACCGGGGGGCGCUCCAGGCCAUCGACCAAAUGUCCCUGUUCCGGCCGCUCUGUAAGUUCUGUGCAUCGGUGCGGAGGGUGCGGGACAUCGUGCCCACCCUGAGAGCCGCCAUGGCUGCUGCCCAGUCGGGCACCCCAGGUCCAGUGUUCGUGGAGCUUCCCAUUGAUGUGUUGUACCCCUAUUACAUGGUCCAGAAGGAGAUGGUGCCUGCCAAGCCACCCAAGGGCCUCAUGGGAAGGGGGGUCACCUGGUACUUACAGAAUCACUUGGCCAACCUCUUUGCAGGGGCCUGGGAGCCUCAGCCUGAAGGGCCCUUGCCCCUGGACAUCCCCCAAGCGACGCCCCAGCAGGUCCAGCGUUGCAUAGAGAUUUUGAGCCGGGCCAAGAGGCCCCUGAUGGUACUGGGGAGCCAGGCCCUGCUCCCCCCAACGCCCCCUGACAAGCUUUGUGCUGCCGUGGAGACCCUGGGUGUCCCCUGCUUCCUGGGUGGCAUGGCGAGGGGGCUGCUGGGCCGCAACAACCCCCUCCACAUCCGGCAGAACCGCAGCGCUGCCCUGAAGAAGGCCGACGUGGUCGUCCUGGCAGGAGCUGUGUGUGACUUCCGCCUGUCCUAUGGCCGAGUCCUCAGCCGCAGCAGCAAGGUCAUCGUCGUCAACCGGAACCGGGAAGAGAUGCUGCUCAACUCAGACUUAUUCUGGAAGCCCCAGGAGGCUGUGCAGGGAGACGUGGCCUCUUUUGUGCUCAAGCUGGGCGAGGGCCUGCGGGGCCACACCUGGGCGCCAGACUGGCUGGAAGAGCUUCGGGAAGCCGACCGGCAGAAGGAGCAGACCUUCCGGGAGAAGGCGGCGAGGCCCACAGCCCAGCACCUGAACCCGGUGCGAGUGCUGCAGCUGGUGGAGGAGACCCUGCCUGAGAACGUGGUCCUAGUGGUAGACGGCGGAGACUUUGUGGGCACUGCUGCCCACCUGGUGCGGCCCCGUGGGCCCCUGUGCUGGCUGGACCCUGGGGCCUUUGGGACGCUGGGGGUCGGUGGAGGGUUCGCACUCGGGGCCAAGCUUUGCAGGCCAGAUGCCGAGGUCUGGUGCCUGUUUGGGGACGGAGCUUUUGGCUACAGCCUUAUCGAGUUUGACACUUUUGUCCGACACAAGGUCCCAGUGGUUGCCUUGGUGGGGAAUGACGCAGGCUGGACACAGAUUUCCCGGGAGCAGGUGCCCAUCCUGGGUAGCAACGUGGCCUGUGGCCUGGCUUAUACACAUUAUCACAAGGCAGCUAAGGGUCUGGGGGCCCAGGGAUUCCUGCUGUCCCGGGAGAACGAGGAUCAAGUGGUCCAGGUACUACGAGAGGCGCAGCGGCAGUGUCAUGAUGGCCACCCGGUCGUGGUCAACAUCCUUAUUGGGAAGACUGACUUCCGAGAUGGCUCCAUCUCCGUGUAGCAACUCGUGGGCGGGAACCCUUGGCUUCUUCUCACCCCUGGACGGUGCCCUGCUGGCCUGAGCAUCAUCUGUGCCUGUCUCAGGCCCACCCCGUGGCCUCCUGGGAAGCUCCCAGCAGUACUGGGCACAUGGUCGGCCUUUUCCUCAGCUUCUCCCCCACAGACUGAAUAAACCACCGCUGGCCUCGGGGUCGAACCUG